CUUGAGUGUUUUAAACUGCACUUACUGUUGGUUCCCUUGGAAACCAACACCACCAGAUCAAAACAAACAAUUAACCUCCAAGGACACUUUGGACUUCUCUCACAGGUGAAUGUGCUAGAUCAAACAUGGAGGACUUUCUGGUAAAAGACAACAAGAAGACGACCAGCCCAAUGAUGUAUUUACCAGGCAACUCUACUGGCGCCCACCUGAACGUAGUUCAUGAUGAGAGUCUGAGCAGAGCCGGUGACACUAAAGGUGAUCAGCUCCCCCAUCCUGAAGAGAACCAACAGCUUUUUGAGAGCCUUCCCACUUUGCCUAAUAAGCUCGCCUCCAAACGCGGGAGGAGGACGUACAUCUGCGACCAGUGUGGGAAGACGUUCCGGAGGAAAAGGCGCCUGACGGUCCAUCUGCGGAGUCACGGCGUUGAGAGGCCGUACAGCUGUGUCCAGUGUGGGAAGAGUUUUAUUCAGAAGGGGAAUCUUACAGUCCAUCAGCGCAUCCACACCAGAGAGAGUUUACCUCAGGCCUGA